AUUCCCCUGAUUCACCUACCUUCGAGACAUUUUGUCCUCCCCCACCCCCUUUCCACAAACACACACCUCCUCUUCGAAUACCGCGAUAAUUGUAUAAGUCGAAAAAUACCAUACAUAUAAGGCCGGCAAUGCACUGCGCGCGAAGACCGAUCUUACGCAAACGACGAACGAAAUCGAAAAAGUAACCACUGAACCCCGCCAUGGCGACGAUCACCGACUGCACCCCUGCGCCAGCAAAGUACUCGAGGUACAGGUCAGUAAGGAAGGCAAAUACGGCCGCGAUGGCGACUCCAGCGCCUCCAGCAGCGUCGCGAGACAAGACACAGCCAGAGGGCGGAAUUGCACAGAGGAGCAUGUCCCGGUAUAGACGGAGGGGAGCGACACAGGACGCGCAAGCGACGCCGCUGCCCACGCGACCUAUUCCUGCGGGCGCAAUCCCACAAGACCAUCUAGGCCGACGAGACGACAGGACCACGCACCUUCCCUCUCCUCGCUCGCCGUCACCACCACCAACACCCCUCUCUCCGCAGGAGGAAGAAGCCCGUCUCCGGCGCGCGCACGAGCGCACACAGGCGCAGCGACUGGAGCGCCAGAAAUCAGAUGAAGAGGAGGCGCAUCGCAUACUUGCUGAGCAGAAGCGGAAGGAUCUGGAGAGGUUGGAGAUUACACUUGCGGCAGCUGUAGCUGCACCGGGGCCUCUGUCUACUACGCCCGUGAGCGGGGGGAAGUUUAAGAUCUUUGGGCGGAAGAAGGGUUCUGCGAAGGUUACGGCGACGCCGCCAGGAUCGGGGGGGAAGGUAGAGGCGAAGGUGGAGACGAGGAGCACAAGCGAUGAGAUGAGUGGGAGGAGGGUAGAGGCAGCGAUGGUGGGGAUGGAUGCGCCUGUUUCGGCUGUGAAUGCUGGAGAGAGGCGUGUCCUCAUCCGCUUCAAGCAAGCCUCCAUCAACCUACCCGUGACCCCGACAACCACGGCCCAAGAGCUGAUCUACUCCGCAACCAACAUCCUCUCCGGGUCCGUCACCCCCGACUCCGCCAUCCUGCGCGAGUCCUACGCCUCCGCCGGCGUAGAGCGUCGCAUCCGCCGCUAUGAGCACGUCCGCGACAUUAUGAACUCCUGGGACCGCGACACACAGAACGCGCUCGUGCUCUCCGGCUCCGACUCCCCCCGCCACGACACAGACCUAUGGCCACACACCGCGCCCCGGAGACGACCCGACCAAUUCUCUGCCCAGCUCCAACACUCCCACAAGCCCGGCCGGUGGAUAAAAUCGUACAUCACGCUCCUCCCCAGCGGACAGCUCUACGCGCACCGCAAAUCUGGCGGCAAACUCACCGACAAAGACGCCCUCGCCCUCUGCCACAUCUCCGACUUCGACGUCUACGUCCCCAUCGCCUCGCACCUCCGCAAGCUCGCCCCGCCCAAAAAGCAUUGCUGCGCCAUCAAAUCGCAACAAAAAGCAACCAUGUUCCUCUCCGCCGAGAACUUCGUCCACUUCUUCUGCACCGACGACGCCUUCACCGCAGAUGCCUUCCAAUCCGCCGUCCAGAGAUGGCGUUCCUGGUACCUCGUCUCCACCAUGGCUCGCGCCGCCACCACCAAGACAUCCCCUACCUCAACGCCAUACACACUCGGCUCCUUCGAGCCCCUCGCCGUCUCCAUCCCAUCCACCACCUCCCCGGCUCCCAUAUCCGCCUCGGCAGACCGCCAAAUCCCAUUCCACCACCGCCACUCCCUCCUCCCCCGCUCGCAACCCGCGACCGCGACUCCCCCACCGCAACCGCCUCCCCCGACGAGACCUUCUACCCCUCCUCCCUCCUCGGCCCAACCUACUCCCAGCGCGCACGCCAAGCCGCAGCACGCGACCUGGUCGGUGGGUCCGCAAACCCCGAUUUCGCCGCUGGCCCCUUCAUCGCCGGCCCCUCCCUCCUCAACACCGCCAUAUCCCCCAUCGACAACGCCGGAUCCGCGGGCGCGAGCGCAUCCUCGGGAUUGAAGCGCGGAUUAUCGACGCGGUCGCGCGCGGGGACGAUAUCAGGAAAGUCACUCGCGGAUGCGCCGCCUGUGCCGGGGAUUCCGGCGCCGUUGUUGGAUUUUAAGACGGGGUUUGUGGAGGCGCCGCAGUGGAGGGGGG